GUGAGAGAGAGAGAGAGAGAGUGUGUGUGUGUGUGUGUGUGUGUGUGUGUGUGUAUGUGAGAGAGAGAGAGAGAGUGUGUGCGUGAGUGUGUGCGUGAGUGUGUGCGUGAGUGUGUGCGUGAGUGAGUGAGUGAGUGAGUGAGUGAGUGAGUGUGUGCUCAGUUGACGCUGUUAAACUUCUGAUGGUGUUUUAGUGUUUCUGUCAUGAACAACACAACCAGCACUGACAAACACUGCAGCAAGAGAGCUUUGCUGUUGAAGGUGGACGGUGACUGCUGGAGUGUGUUUGGUCACAUGCCGCGUCUGCGCAGUUCUUCAUGUUGCGUCCGUCACUCUAAAUUGUUUGGCUUCAUCCUGGUCUUUGUCAUUGCAUCAUGUUACAUGCUGUCCGGCGAGAGGAAGAGUCUGUCGAUCACUCCUGAGGCGCACAAUGUCUGUCUGGAGUCCGUCUGCGCAGACGCAGUCACACAACUGCUGCAGAGCAUCCGAACUAAAGUGACGUUCAAACGCAGAACACUUCCUGACGUCACGGAGCUUCGCAAACGCGAGACUAACAUGUUCUCAGUGAUUCCACAGAAGUUUCUAGCGCAUGUUAAAAACCCGUGUUGGUUUGAGGAGCAGCGUGGAGACGUGACCGCAGAUCCAUACGCAUCAAACCUGUACAGCCGCUACUCCAGACAGAACUCUGUCUUUGAGUACCUGAAGAGUGCGUUCAGAGAGCGUUUAAUACUGCGUGACGGUAAACUCGCUCGCCUGCGCUGUCUGCCUCACUUCUACAUAAUCGGCCAGCCCAAGUGCGGCACGACGGAUCUGUACGAGCGGCUCAAACUGCAUCCAGACGUCCGGUUGACGGCACUCAAAGAACCGCACUGGUGGAGCAGAAAGAGAUUCGGAAUCAUUCAUCCAGGUGAAGCUCUUCAAGCUCGUAUUCCACUGGAGGAUUAUCUGGACCUGUUUGAUGUCGCUGCGCAUCAGAUACAGACGAGACUUCAGCAGAACUCCAGCAGCAACAUCAUCAUCGGUGAGGCCAGCGCGUCCACCAUGUGGGACAACAACGCCUGGCUGUAUCUCCAUGACAACAGCACAGAGGCGGAGCCUCCGUCACUCAUUCAGGACUUCAUUCACGCGCUGCAGCCUGAAGCGCAAUUCAUUGCUAUACUGAGAGAUCCUGUGGAGAGGUUGUAUUCGGAUUAUUUAUACUUCGGGACGGGUCAUAAAUCAUCAGAUGAUUUCCAUGAGAGAGUUUGUGAAUCUCUGCAGAUGUUCGAUGUGUGUCUGCAGCACGCUAGUCUGAGAGCCUGCGUGUACAAUAGCACGCUAAACAACGCCAUGAGUGUGCGGGUACAGGUGGGCCUGUAUGUCAUGUAUGUUCUGGACUGGUUGUCGGUGUUCUCUCGUGAGCAGCUCUUACUGUUGCGUUUGGAGGAUCACGCUUCAAACCCGUCCCGCAGCAUGAACCGAAUCUUCCGCUUCCUGCAGAUAGGAGCCGUGUCGAGGCAGAGGCAGAGAGAAAUCACUAAACGAUCAGCGGCGAACACCAGACGGACGUCUGACCGGAGUCUGGGGCCGAUGCGUGCGGUCACACGAGAGCUGCUCGAGCAGUUUUACGCUCCGUUUAACCAGAAACUGUCUGAAGUUCUGCAGGACGACUCGUUUCUGUGGGACAGUCGCUCUGAACACACGUGACGUCUGUUUAAUACAACAACUUUCAUACAGAGUUAAAUUAUUAUUUUAAGUUUGAUAGUAGGAGAACUUUCUGCAAGAUGAAUAUUAUUUAAGAUUAAUUAUUCAGAAUUGUAUCUGGAAAUAUUGUAUAACUAUUUUUUCAACAACAGAAAAACUUUGAAACAAAGUGUGUAGUGUGUAGUGUGUGUGUGUGGUGUGUGUGUGUAGUGUGUGUGUGUGUGUAGUGUGUGUGUGUAGUGUGUAGUGUGUAGUGUGUAGUGUGUGUGUGUAGUGUGUGUGUGUGUGUGUGUGUGUGUGUGUGUGAAGGACUCAAGCACACUAUUAACACUGACACCUGCUCGUCACAUCACUGCCUUUACUCUUUAUAAUAACCACAACAACAUAAACCAUGACAGUAAAAGUGCUGGUGGUGAAAUAUAACAUUAUUAAAAAGUACACUUUAUAUACUAACAUAUAUAUAUAUACUGAUCAGCCACAACAUGAAUCUAAUGUAAUUGUACUGUAUAUAUUAUAUAAUAUGAUGAAAAUAGGUAAUAUACAACAUCUUUUAUA